AUGAUGGAUGUCGUCGCCCAGCGCAGCCUCAGUUCUCCCAUCACCAACUUCUCAUCACUAUCGUUGCCGUCGCAGCCAGGAUCUCUUAACUGGCCAUUCGACGCGCAGUCUUGCUCUGCCCUCGCCUGGGCUCCUGAUCCUCGCAUCUUCGACUUCAAUCCUCAGGCCUUUGCUGUAAAGGCACCUGCGACUCGACGGAAACCCACUGGGCGGCGCCCGCGCCAGCCCGCCGCGAUCUACACAUCCAAGGCCAAAGCCAAGGCUACAGCCGCGUCUACGUCCGCGACGAGCGCUUCAUCCUCUGCUGUCUCGUCAGCGACAACUUCACCUUCUUCCUCCAGGGGCAUCUCCCCGCGCUCCAAACCCAAGAUGCCCGGACGACCUCCGAAGCGACCCGCCAGCAACGGCGAAGACGACGGCCCCAUCCAGGCUCCAGGCAAGGUGAAGCUGCCGAGGCUGGAGCGCGGCCCUGACGACUUCUCCAGCGUUGUCAAGAACCGAUUGCAGUCGUAUACGCGUACGGGACAAGCUUGCGACCGGUGCAAGGUUCGCAAGAUCCGAUGCGAUGCUCUUCCAGAGGGAUGUUCCCAUUGCACCAACCAGAACCUCGAGUGUUAUGUCACAGACCGCGUCACAGGGCGCACCGAGCGCAGAGGAUAUCUGCAAGAGUUGGAGAGGGAAAAGAGCGACAUGUUGUCACAUAUCCGCAACCUCGAGAAGCUGCUAGGCGACAAUGGCGUCGAGGUCAAGCCCUGGCAAUGGGCCCCCUACGCGCAGUAUCCUCCUGGCGUGUCCUUUGACGACAUGGGAAAUCCGAUUCCUGAUCCAAAUACGGGCGACACAUGGUCACAGGUUGGAAGCGCAUGGGUCAAGAACAACUCGGCUAAGCCAAAGUUCACGCCCAGCUUCCCUCGAAGUCUCUUGGAGUCACGGCCCCAGGAGAGUCAUCUUGGAGUUGGAGGCGACAGUGCCCCUCUGAGCUCCAUCAAGGGAACUCGAUUGUCCAUCCUUGGCAUGACAGUUGAUCUCGCCUCGUUCAAGGCCGCAGACAUGGACGAGCCUCCAGCUGAUGCAGCCGUGUCUGCACCGUUGUACAACAAGUCCCCUCAAGCCCUUCUGCAGUCCAUCAUGAACGUCAAUCCUCCUCAGCAUGUCGAAAUGCCAUCACGCAGCGAUGCCUUUACUUAUGCGGAUUGGUACUUUCUCACUCUGUCUGCCUUCCUCCCUAUCCUUCACAAGCCCUCCUUUAUGCAAUUGUUGACACGCAUGUACGAUGAACCUAAUUUCAAGCCAACCGUGGCCGAAUCCGUCAUUGUUCACAUGGUGUUUGCCAUGAUCUACUUUCAUUAUGGCACUCGAAACUGGCAGCAGGCUGAUCAGUGCACUCGACUGAACGAGUCGUCCAACAAACAUUACCAUUUUGCACUCAGCAAGUUCUUUGAGCUGACAUGUUCCCGCGACUUGGCCUCAGUCCAGGCCAUGGCUAUGAUUGCGGUGCAUACCAGAGCUUUCCCCAAGCCUGGUUGUGUCUCAAUCAUUGCUAAUUUGGCUCUGCAACGCGCCCUUGAGAUGAAUCUCCAUCGAGAGUCGAGGAAGCCUGGCGAGCCUACGAAUCUUCAGCACGAAUUGCGCAAGAGAGCGUUCUGGGUCAUCAUGACUGUCUACAUCGCUGUUGCCGGGCGUCGUGGAAGGCCGAUGCCCAUUACGGUUGAGGAAUUCGACGUCGGCUUCCCCGAGCCCAUCGCUGACGAGCUUUUGUCGGAUGAAGGCGUCGAUACGUCCCGCUCCAUCCCCUGCGGAUACUGGCCAGGCAUUGUCAGCUUCAAAAUCAUCCCCAUCUACCUGGAGAUGUACUCCAACGUCUACAGCGUCAAGAGGGAUCCACAGAAUUAUGUCAGUGUGGUCAACGCUCUGGAAACCCAGAUCAAGAACUGGGAAGAUGAGCUGCCUAAUUCUCUUAAGAUGGACCAUUCUGAACAGACUGAGAUGACUCGCAUGCCUGCUCUUUACUGCAAGACAUGGGCGCUCGAGUUCCGUCUUUGUCUGCGUCAUCCUUCGGUGGCUAUGACUACUGACAAGAAGAUGAUGGCUGAGAACAUGGCCAUCUGCGAGGAUGUCUCGAGGAGAAUGCUUCACUGCCAACUCGAGAUUCAGAAGCACAAGUGUCUCGACACAACAUGGUACCAGACUUCCAUGUACACGGCUGGAGUCUUCAUGCUUCUCGUGGCCAUGUGGGAGAGGCGCUUUGAGACGACUCCAGAGGCCAUUGCCACUUUACGGGAGGAGAUGAACGGUUGGGUCGGCAUUCUCGAGGAGGUUGGUUCCUUGCUCGGCUCGGGACCUAAUCUCAGUGCUGAGAUUAGAAACAUCAUUGACCGCACCAUUGCUUGGAUCGAGCAUGACAUGCGCAACAAGGAGAACAAGGAGAGUCAGCCAGCUGUGACGCCCGAGAUCAAGCAAGAGCCUGCUCAGGCCUCGGCUUACACUGCCCCCCAAGUUCAAUCCGCGCCUACAAGCGGAGGAAGCCAGGAGGUGCCGUCAUCGAAAGGCUACUUUCCAGACGCAGGCCUCAACGGGCAGACACCAUAUCCCGCCUUGGCUUACAACGAGCACACGCAAAGCACAAUGGCUCCAUCGGCUUAUGAGACCGAGGCCAUGUUCUACAGCACCAGUGCUCAGGCAGCGGCCGCAGCGGUAGCAGCAACAGCAAUUCCGACAUCUGCCUCGCAGGCGAACCCACUGCUUGCCUUCACCACGCAAUCGACACAGCAAGUGGCGUCUCAACCCACGGCCGACAUGCUAUGGCAAGGCCGCGGAAACACUUGGCACGACUGGACUACCGCCAUUGCCGAUAAUCAGGAUCGGUAUAGUGCGUCGGCACUCUUGACGCUCGGAGGCGCCACACGUGAUGCCACUUCGGGCGCGGGCGUCCCAGGCGUCACAGCCGGACCCUCAACGAACGAUAUGACCAGCAUUCAACAGGGCCAAUGGCCUUUGAUGCUGUUUGACCAUGUGGCGUCAAAUGGGUCUUGA